AAUAUGUAAACACUUCCCUUAUUAUUGUUGGAAAACGCAUUUUAAACAACUUUGGAGCCUAAUUGUGAAGUAUUGGAAGGACAAAAUGUAAUGCAGCAACAACGAAAAGAUAGUUUGAUCUAUCUUAUGCAGUGUUGUAGAGGUGAGAUGUCUGCUGCCAUGUGAGACAACUGAGAAAAGAGCUGGUUUGACAAUUUAACAACCAGCCAUGUUGUACAUCUUCCAUGUGGAUACUGGCACUAUGAUGACCUUUGACAUGAACCUGGCCAUGGAAAAUGUGUCGGUUCUGCAGUCAGUCAUCUCCAGCAUGUGCCACAUCUCCGAGGACAAGCAGGUGCUUCUCAUCAGUGGUGGGGAGAGCCUCGACCCCACACAGAGGGUGGCCAAGUACAGCGCUGGCACGGACACCAACCCAAUCUUCCUGUUCAGCAAAACCACCAUAGAGGCGGCCACACCCCCCUCCCCCAGCAUACACUAUGGAUCAGGUACUCGCUCUGAGAGACCAGAUAUUGACCUUCAGGGUCAAGUUGAAGGCUCUCUCAUCAUGCCUCCAGCCUAUGAAACAGUUGUGUCUCGGACCCAACUUUCUGUGCAAUUUCGGGAUGUUGAUGAGGAGGAGCUGAAGGCGUGUGAGCGCCUCGUCCACGAUCAGCAUCUACAGCAGCAGGGAUGGGCUGCCGUGGUUGCAAACCUCGAGGACAUCACCAGUGCCCUGAGACAGAGAUGGGAGUUGUUUCAGGAGGCUUAUGACAACUACCUCACAGACCGCCAGGGGUAUCUCAACACACUCGCCAGUAUUGGCCAGUCCCUGGAGCUCCUUACCAAGAUCCCACUGUUGACCUGUCUGAGUACACCCCUGGGGCUGGCCAUGUCCUACCCUCACGACCCCAGCAACCCAAUCGCAGCUGACAACAUGGAGCUGGCACAGUGUAAAACUCUCUUUGAGUGGAUCAGCUCCCAGGACCCCCAGCACAGUCUACAUGACAUGGUGGAGCAGUGCCUCAAGGCCGCAGAACAGUUUGACGAGAAGAUCCUCGACACCCUGCACUCCGAGGUGCAGCAGACAAUGGAGGCGGUAGACAACUGCAGCAUGAAGGAGGUGAAGGGGCUCGAGGACCGACUGUAUGGACUCGACCAGUUCAUGUCCGGGGCCAGGAAGAUAGUGCAGGAACAGGCAGACAUGGCCAAGGGAUUUGUCCAGAACCAGAACCGAGUGAGCAACCUGCGGGACAACUCCAUCCUGCCGGACCUGUGUGCCAGUCACAAGAAGCAGCUGGUGGUGAUGCUCAACAACCACAAGAAACUCCGCGACAUCAAGAAGAAGUGUCGCAUGGCCAAGGAGGAGCUCUCAAUCAACCUCCACACCAGACUCAGGUGGGUGAUGUUUGUGGAGAAGAAGAUUUGUGAUGUUGAUGGGAAGCUGAUGAUAUACCGUGAGAAUCUGAAAAGGCUCCAGAAACGUCUGGACAUUCUACACCAGAUUCACGAUGCUCCCCGAGUCUAUGCGGAGCUAGUUGUCGAGGUCGUCAGAAGGAGGAAGUUCUCCACACAAUUCCUGGAGUGGGCAGGCAACCUGGCUCUGGAAUCUAGUCAGCUUCAGACAGAUGAAGUCAACAGGAGACAGGCAUUCCUCACAGAGCUGGGCAAGCACUUCCUACAGUCCUUGUUCCAAGGGUUUGAGGACAUUCCACCUGUGUUUGCUACCGAGGCCCCUGAAGAGUUUGACCAGAGGCUUCCUCCCAUCACAGACGAUGACAUAAAGAUGCUGCGAGACUCAGUUCCUGAACUAGCAGACAGACUUAGCAUCCCGUCCUCAGUGGCCGUGGGCGAGAGAAUGACCCUGCACACCAUGAUGUCGUCGGUCAGUGACUCCACCGUGCAAUGUGAUGCCAUGGUGUGUCGCAGCCUCCCCGGCACCAUCGGGUCGUCGACAGCAACGUCUGACAUCACUGUCAUACAGAGUCAGGGAGACCACCAGUUUGUGCAUAUAGAGAACAGUAACCUGAGUCUCAAGGACCAGGUUGCAGCAUGUGGGCCUCAUGCAGACAUAAAGAUUAAACCCCAGAUUGUGAUUGCUGACAGACCAAACUUCCCAGUGCCACAAAGUCUUUCGGAAACUUUGACCCAGGAAAUGAGGGCAGAGGUGAAGGCCAAAGAGGAACUUGCUGGGAAGGCAAAUGUGAUGAAAAGUGCGAAAGGUUCUCAGAGUGUGGAUGGAAUUAAAUAUGUGAAAAUGUCAGACAGUGCUGACGGACUUCAGUCGUCUGGAGAACCGACCAAAUCUUCAGAUAGUGAGGUAGGAAGUGCUGACAGGAGCCGUGAGAGUCUGCCAGGAAAGAAGUAUCAUGGGAAGGGUCAUCUAACAGCUGACACGUCACCUGAAGUGGAAACCUCACAGGAAUUCACGACAGCCGAUUUCUAUAUUGAUGAGUCGAUGCCUUCUUCCAUGACAGACUCUCCACCCAAUAAACACACUAGUAGUGGUGAGAAGGUCACCAUCACUCAACAAUUGGUGGAAAAGACACAAUCAGUGGCCAAAUUGGAAAAGGAGUUGGUUGAAAAUCAGAAAAAGCUCACAAGUUCACAGAAACAAAUAAUUUGCUUGAAGGAAAUGAUAACUAGGGAUAUGCCAAAGCUACGAGAACUACAUUCAGAGCUACGUAAAACUGUGUUGUCAGACAAAGAAAGUUUGAAUAAGCAUGUUGAUACGUCUUUGAAAAGCACAGUGACUGCAUUGACAUGUUUUCAGGACAAUGUUACGAAAAUGCAUGAAGAGGCUUUGAAUUUGUUGAAAGCCGAACAUGUAAAGGCAGUGGGUGUUCUUGAAAACAAAAUUGAUGAAAUAUCUAAGAGUAAAAAUGAAUCACUAAAGGAAGUCAGUACCCUUCAAAGUAAGCUUCAGACAGCUGCCACUGAUCUGGAGAAGCUGAAACUAGAUUAUGAGAAGGAGAGCAAAGGGAUGAAGGAGAAGUUUGAGGAAGAGAGAGAUGACUUGAUACGGAAACAUACCCUGGAACAAGAGGUGGAACUGGACAAGGUCCAGUCAGAAUACAAGAUCGAGUUGGACCAGUACGAAGGACAGGUUCGGGAACUGAUGGAUAAAUUGACUGAAGCUGAACAGAAUAUUAAGUUGAGUACUGCUCAGAUUGAGAAGGAAGUGAACCAGCUUAAUGAGAAGUUUGAUGAGGAGAAGGCAGCAUUGAGAAGUUCUCUUGAAGAGGAGUUCAGAAAGAGGGAAAAGGAAAAGAUUGAGGAGGUUCGGGAUGAAACCGUGAAGGCCAGUGAUAAGAAGAUAGAGAAACUUUUGUUGGAACAUGAAAAAAAGCUGAAGCAAGAAAUGGGGAAACUGUGUCGAGAGAAAGAACAAGCAUUGCUGGACCAGAAGGAUGAGCUGGAGAAUAUAAGUAAAGCAUAUGCUAGUGACAAAAUUGAAAAACUGAACAGGGAAAAGGCUGCAGAAAUAAAACAGAUGCAAGAGCAGACGGAGAAAGGGUUUAAUGAAAGACUUUCUGCUCUUGAAAAGGAACAUGGUGAGAAGGUGUCAGGACUUAAGCAAGCAUUUAGCAUCGAGCGAACAGAGCUUGAGCAGCAGCUGAAGCAGCUGGAGCGGAGUGCUAUGAGCAGCACAGAGAGUCAGACUGAAGGGCAGGCGGUGAUGGCACUCAGUCAACAUGAACAGCAGAUGGAGGAAGCACAGAUGCUGUUGAAAGAGGAGAUGGAGAAGGCUCUGCGGGAACAGAAGGAGGUGUAUGAGAAGGAGAUAGAGGAGCUGGCCCAGAAGUUGGACAAGGAGAAGGACGACUCACUCAGCAUGAAGACCAGCAUGACUGCAGAGAGACAGGUCCAGUUCAAUGAGGCUGUGAGUCGGGUGGGGCAGGAGAAGGACAAGAUGAUUGAUGAGGUGAAACAACAUCUGCAGGAACAGACAGACAAGCUGGAGUCUGUGUCCAAUGAGAAGCUGUUGGUGGAGAAGGACCUGGACGAGAUCCGGGCCAAGCUGGAGGAGAAUGACAACCAGCAUAGGAGUAAGGAGGCUCAGCUCCAGGAUGAGAUGUCCCUCCUCCAACAGAAGCUGUCUCAGCUGCAGCAGCAGAUUCUCACCAAGUCCGAGAUUGCUGUCACACCGCCAGAUGUCAAGGAGGGAGCAUCAGUGGUUUCAAUUGAGUCUAAAACAUCUGAGUUGGAAUCUGCUCUGAAGAACAAGGAGGAGGAGAUUAGCAAGCUUCAGGAGAGAGUGAUGGAGCUCUCCAUGACAGCCAGCACCAGGACGCUGGCACAGGACAAGGUCUCCAUCACAAGCUGUAUGGUGGGGGACCUGGUGCUGCUCUGCCUUGAUGAGCGACACGACCAGUAUGUUGUGUUCACCAUCACCACCACGCUGCACUUCCUCCACACCGAGUGCCUGGACAGUCUGGGACUCAAGACAGGGCCGAGUGAAACAAGGAAAUCCUGGGUACUUGCUGAGAUAGUUGAUAAAGAAUACUGUCAGGCAAAGAAGCCCCAGAACAGAUUCAAAGUCCCAGUGGGAACAAAGUUCUAUCGCGUGAAAGCCAAACCAUGGGCAAGGGAGACAACUCGGAAAGACUCCGCCUCUUCCAGCAAGACCUCCCAAGGCGGUGCAGCUGUAUAGCCAGGCCUCCUCCAUCUCAUGUGCAAUCUGGACGACGUGGUACACCUCACCUUCAGUCAACAACAUGUACAUAGGAUAUUUAUGUAUUUUCUGCUUGUGAUUUCAGUGAUAAAUUAUUAAUAAAAAAGAUGUAAUAUAAUCAUAACGUGAUUAAUACGGGAACUGUGUGUUUAUGAGAAAUGAACUUUUAUGUUAAUAAUGAACUACUGCAGUCGUUUCUUAUCAUUUGAGGUGUCGUAGUGUGUUUGUGAAGCUGUGCGGGAUUGUAAUGGCUUUCUGUGUGCUCAUUUUCAUGGAAUAUCUCUGUUGCAAAAUGCACAUAUCAAGCAAGACUUAAUGUUGCAAUAAGAUAUGUCUUAAUGUGAGAAUUCUGAUAUGUCCUACAUUGUUUACCUUUGGUAGAGUUGUAUGAAAAUUAGUCACAAUGUGUUCAUAAUAUACUCAUUACUGCAGCGUGAAUUUGAUUCUUGAAAUGUAUGCUUCAGCAAUGCAACAACGUGUGUCAUAAUUGUACAUUGUAUAUAAGUAUGGUUUAUGUCAAAUGAGGGUGGGAAGUUCUUGUACAUAUAGGUGUAAGUCGCUCUAUCAGCAAUGUCGUACCUAGAAACACCCUCACCUGUCUUUUGAGAAGUCUGCAGUGAAAUGAGAGACCAGUGGAUGUCAGUAUUUGUCUGACUCAUAAUGCUCUCUAUAUCGGGGCAGUGGUUGAAGUGUUCCAUUGUCACUCCAAAGGCCUUGGUUCGAUUCCACACAUGGGUACACAGCCUUAGAAAUUCUACUUUUAUAAGAUUAGUCCAGAGGACAAGUAUAAACCUUAUUUCCCUAGUCCUCGGAGUUUAUAGCUAGUCCUGCUUGAACAAGACAAAAUUGUUUACUAUGUUUACAUUUUCUGUCAGCUUUAUUCACUGCCAGUUUGUAGCAAACUUGAAGCUUUGAGAACUGUUUCAGAAUCUUUGUCCGCAAAUGCAACUAGUCAUGAGGACUACCAUCAAUGGAUUUUUACUUGUCCUCAGCACAAUUUAGUUGUUUUAUGCUCGCGGACUAACAUGAAUUUGAAGGCUAAAUACAAUGUGUUAAGCCAGUUUAUGGUGCCUGCUGGAAUAUUGCUAAAAGUGGCAUAAAACUGAACUCACUCACUCACACUGAAUGUCAUCAUAUCCUGUCUCUCAGAAUGAUUGUGCAUCCACGAAUAUUGUCUCACAGUGAUCCCAGAGUGGAAAUUGUCAUCAGUCUCCCAUGUCUGCUGUAACAGCCGACCGAAAUAAGGAACAAUGUGUGACAAAUGGCGUCACCUGGCCUAGACUUGGUUAUUUACAGGCUUCUGUUGUGUAGGAGGAAUAUUGCUGGUAGCGAAAUGAACUUACUCACUCCGGGAGAGUUUGACAUUUCUGUAAAAUAUUGAGACAUGCCCAUGAUAAAGAUACUUGCGGUUCUCUGAUUCCCUCAGAGUAUUUCCCCAAGAGUAGCUGAAUCAUGUUAGAGUGUGAUCAGGGCACUAGAUUAGUUAGUCAUGGAAUUGUGUUGUUAGGAUGACUAACUUACUUAGCCAUAAUAUAUUUCCUCGACCAUUGCCUGAACAUUGAUCAUAGGCUCUAGAAUGUAUGCUUACCAUACUGUGAUUUUAGCUUGCCAACUUUCAUUUUAUCUGGAAAAUAUCAAAUGUUUUUCUUUUAUGUAUUUAUUGGUACUGGUAAUGUGGUUUAAUGUGUAAUGUUUUAUAUGCAGCAAGCAUGAGAGAGUAAUGCUCCAACUGUUUCUGGUAAUGUGUUUAGGGAAGAAUUUUGGUUUUAGUUGAACUUCAGUUAAUAUUUUGAUCUAUUUGUUGUGUUGUAUUUCCUCUUGUUAUACUUUUUAUUGACUAUUUUCAGAGGUCAUGAUGAGAUGGUCACAUUUAAGGCCCAUGCGUGAUACCCAGAUGGGUAUGAUUUGUUGAGGUCAUUAUUGAUGUAAUAAGGCGGUCAAUAGCGAAAAAUGACAUGAAUGCCUAUUUAUUACUCAAAGUUUGUGUUUCAGUUCUUUUUCAUUUUUGUCUUUGUAUUAUUGUAGUUGAGAGAUAACAUUCAUAAACUGUUAUAGUUAAUAUGAAAAUAAGAUGAAAAUUUAGUUAAGGACUGGGUUAUUUUUUCUGUUGUCAAUGUAAAAUGUCAAAUAAUUCUGCGGAAUACUGAACCUAUUGACUCUGUGAUCUCCUAGAUGGUAAUGUAAGGUUACUCACAUGAAGUUAGCUUGGAUAUACUCUAGCCUCGGAUUUAGACAUCACAAUCCAUUCGACAAUAACUGUUCCUGCUAUGUUACAGCACCACAAUAUUUACACCAAUUAUAAAAGACCCUUCUAUGUUACUGUUAAUAAAAUAUCGUGUCAAACACGACCAUUGUGCAGAUAGGAAAGGGAUGGGGGGUUAUACUUGUUUUAUUAAGAUAAGUUGAUCAAACAAACCUACAGCAUGCAUAUUCACCAGUUCCUCAACAAUUGUUCUCUUGACAGUUCCUGUACUGUCACAUAUAACUAUUGAGGUACGGUAAAUAACUUCGGAUAUAUUUGGAGAAGUUAAGUGCUUUCAAUUUACAGACUACGAAUUUUAAAUAUAUUCCAUUUAUUUGAUUUCUCAAGAGAGAUUUAGUGACACUGUCAUAACGCUUGUCAAAUAAUUUGGUUUCUUUGCUUUGGCGUCCAUAUGUUUAUAGGGUUCUUGGUAUUGUUAGCAUUGCAAUGGUAUAGUGUUAAAUUAUUUAUAGUGUAAGUAUUCUGAGGGCAGAUGUUAUCUUUUUCUGUAUAUAUUCCUCAAUAUUAAAUAUCCUUACUGUAAAUCUGGUAAGUAAUGCGAAAAGCAAGAAAUAGCUCAAUAACUGUGCCAUACACUCGUCAUCACUUCUGACAUUGGAAAGGAAACACUACAAAUGAUAAUAAUUACAACAAAUAUUUCCUUUGUUUUAAUUUUCAAACAAUGGAUCAGAAUUACAACUAUCCCAUCACGACUGAUUGUAGCCGAGUUAGUUUUAACUGAAGACAACAGGAGAGGGACACAGCCAGUAAUAAUCGCCUGCUUGCGACCGAGAUGACAUCGAGAAAUCCAGAACAGCGCCCAACUAUGUGCUCUGCCACUGGUGAAAGAGGUCACAAGAGCUUCUAGACACUAAUUGGCAAAUCCUGUUGUGUUUCAUUUGAUCUCAAUCAUCUCAUCAACAAUGUGUCGCAAUACUUUCUAAUUCAGUUAUGUUUCUUGUUCUCCAUUCACCAUAUUUGCUGAUGCAGGGGUAGAAUAGGUCUUCAGCAACCCAUACUUGCCGUAAAAGGUGACUAUGCUUGUCAUAAAAGGCGACUAACGGGAUCGGGUGGUCAGGCUCGCUGACUUGGUUGAUACAUGU